CACCAACGCAAAAAUCCACGCCUAAUUAAAUUAAUUAGGGAUUGUCAAUCCUGAAUUAAUGGCCAAGAGCGCAGGCGGCCGAGGUAUCCGAAAAGCCGGACGGCCUGGGACUGCCUCUUCUUCCCACACCCUCCGGUCCCACUUCUCUGUCCUCAUGCUCCAGCUCCAGCCAUCCUGGACUCCAGCCUUAAUCAAUCUCAAUCUCUUUUCUUUCUUUCUCUCUCUGUCUCUCUCUCUGUCUCUCUCUCUCUCUCUCUCUCUCUCCCUCUUCUCCCUCUCUCCCUAUCACCCCCACCACCUCCCAACCCCCACUCCCCCACCCCCAGGUAGUGGCGCGGGAGCUUCCCGGGAAGGGGCUCCCUCCGAGUUGCGAGGGGAGGUAAUUUACUCAGAACAAGGGGCCGCCUUUGCGAAGUAUAAAUAGUGAGACUUCAAGCGCUGCGUCGCUAUCAGAUCUGAACUCUCCGCAGGAAGAAUUGUCAAAGAUCUUAACACUGAACAAGCGCGCUCAGGCAGGGAAGCAUCGGUUCCCAUUUCCCUCCGGCGGCCCCCGCCCCUUCCCUCUUCCUCUUCUUCCUCCUCCACCUCCUCCUCUUCUUACUUCUUUUUCUCCUUCUACUUCUCCUCCUCUUUCUUCUUUCUUCUCUUCUUUUUCUUCUUCUUCCCCCCUCCUCCUCCCCCUCCCCCACCCCCUGCCCCAUUGAUGUGUUAUUAUUGGGGGGGCUGGAGCAGUAAAAAAAGAAGAAGGAAAAAAAAGAGCGGGGCUGCUCGGCUGGGAGAGGUUGAGCGCGGGGCUGACGGGCAUCUCUGGCGAUGGAAGAACUUACGGCGUUCGUCUCGAAGUCUUUUGACCAGAAAGUGAAGGAGAAGAAGGAGGCUAUAACGUACCGGGAGGUGCUGGAGAGCGGGCCGCUGCGCGGGGCCAAGGAGCCGAGCGGCUGCUCGGAGCCGGGCCGCGACGACCGCAGCAGCCCGGCAGUCCGGGCGGCCGGCGGAGGCGGCGGCGGCGGAGGAGGCGGAGGCGCAGGAGGUGGAGGCGGAGGAGGAGCAGGCGGAGGAGCUGGAGGAGGAGGGCGGUCUCCCGUCCGGGAGCUGGACAUGGGCGCCGCCGAGAGAAGCAGGGAGCCGGGCAGCCCGCGGCUCACCGAGGGUAGAAUGAGGCCAAGGCAGGCUGAGGUUCAGGCUGUGCUCUGUUUUCUUUCAGGAGAUGCAUUAGGCUCCUUUUUUGUUUUGUCCCCGGAGCUGAAGGAUCGCAAAGAGGAUGCGAAGGGGAUGGAGGACGAAGGCCAGACCAAAAUCAAGCAGAGGCGAAGUCGGACCAAUUUCACCCUGGAACAACUCAACGAGCUGGAAAGGCUUUUUGAUGAGACUCACUACCCGGACGCCUUUAUGCGUGAAGAACUGAGCCAACGGCUGGGGCUGUCCGAGGCCCGAGUGCAGGUUUGGUUUCAAAAUCGAAGAGCUAAAUGUAGAAAGCAAGAAAAUCAACUUCAUAAAGGCGUCCUCAUAGGAGCUGCCAGCCAAUUUGAAGCUUGUAGAGUAGCACCCUACGUCAAUGUAGGUGCUUUAAGGAUGCCAUUUCAGCAGGAUAGUCAUUGCAACGUGACGCCCUUGUCCUUUCAGGUUCAGGCGCAGCUGCAGCUGGACAGCGCCGUGGCGCACGCGCACCACCACCUGCACCCGCACCUGGCCGCGCACGCGCCCUACAUGAUGUUCCCGGCGCCGCCCUUCGGACUGCCGCUCGCCACGCUGGCCGCAGACUCAGCAUCUGCCGCCUCCGUCGUGGCUGCAGCUGCUGCCGCCAAGACUACCAGCAAGAACUCCAGCAUCGCGGAUCUCAGACUGAAAGCCAAAAAGCACGCGGCCGCCCUGGGUCUGUGACUUCAACGCCAGCGCCAGGGUCGCGCGAGCAGCACGGCGCGCAGCCUGCAUGCCCUCCGAGCCCCGCUGCUUCUCUGUUACCUGCCCCGGACCUCGGAAUCCGAGCCUCUUUCUGCCCCGCCGAUGGCCCCUUGCCCCCUUCUGCAUCCCGGACUCGGAGGGCAGCACCCGGGAUCCCAAGAAGGGCACCAGCUUCGUGGCUCCUGACCAUUCACCUGUCUAGGGGCCUAGAAUUUGGCUUUGUAGGGAUGGGUUUGGGAAGUCUGAAGAGUGCUGGGACAGUGAAGUGUGGCUCACCGUAAAACUGCAACGAUGGACUUUUGCGUAGAAAUAAAAAUCUUGUUAGUAAAAAAUGAGGGGGAAACUGUAGAAAAGACAAACCAGAGAGAAAAAGAGAAAAGGGAACUUAUUGCUAUUCAGCAGAAGCUGAAAUCGGAGAACCAAGGAAUAAAAAAAAAAAAAAUUUAAAGUAUUUUGUACAUUAAAAAAUACGGAAAAAUAACCGGGACAAAUCUCGAGAUAAUUGGGCGGGAGUUACCAACUUAAAGUGUAUUUUUUGUUGUUGUUGUUGUUGUUGUUUUUUAAUGGGCUAAGAAGGCAAAACUGAAGGAAGAGGUAUACUUAUUUAAAGAAUUAAGAUGAAAAAAAGUACGCAGCUGGGAAGUUCACAGGUUUUGAAACUGACCUUUUUCUGCGAAGUUCACUUUAAUACAAGAAAUUUGAUAAGAGAGGCGGGCCUCCUUUUACGUUGAAUCAGAUGCUUUGAGUUAAAAACCACCACGUAUGGAAGAGCAAGAAGAGGGAAGACAGUAUAAAAACAAGGAGAUAAAAAAGUGAUAUUAAUACAAAAAUGAUAACCACAAUGAUUUCUCUGAGAAAUUGUUAUGGCAGAACUGUCCAGACUGCUGACAGUAAAGUCCCGGUUUGCAUGUUACUUGUAUUCCAUUGAUGGUGUCUCCCCACCUCUCCCGCUUUACUCACUAGCACUUAACUGCAUUUUCAUUUUCGGUAUGAAAAACAAUACCCAAAGCAUCUGAAAAUUGAUAUAUAUUUCUAGCUAUAUAUUUUUAGUCCCAUCUUUAAUCCUGGGGGGACAAAGAAAAAAGUUUGAAGGGCAAAAAAGUUACACUCUGAUUGUCCCAAGACAACAGAGGCAAGUAGAAAAUGUGGGGAAAAGAAAAGAGAAAUAUUAAAGUAUAGCGCCUCACGUGGUGCCUGAUACACAGUGGGCGGUCAGUGUUAGGUCCCCCUCUCCCCUUAUUCUUGUAUUCCCUCUUGCAGAUUUCCUGAAGUGCUAUUUGAGGACCGUGCUUUAUUUCCCCCUCUCAGUCCCAUCACACUCACUUUAAACACCCAGCUAGAUACCGGCACUAAGUUUGUGUAAAAUAUGUUGAUACACACGAGCAAAGUUUAUUUUGGCUAUAAUGUGUGAACUAAUGGUUGACUUUCAACAUUUGCAUUUUAUCUCACAAAGGUGUAUAUUCAAAUAAUUUUUUUGUUUGUCUCAAUUCAUGUAGCUAUUUAAACUGGGGUACCCUGGACUGAGCAAUCUGUAUCCCAAUUCUUUAAAAAGUCUCCUUAGUUUUUUUUUGUUUUUUUAAUCCCUUCUAAUUUACAAGAAAGAGGAAAAGCUCUUAGCUGAACUUUGGUAUGCAGUUGAGCUUUGUAACUAUUUGUUCUCCAUGAAAACAAAAUUAUUUAUAUUUGCCAUAUUUUUUCUAGUGUAUUAAGUUAUUUUAAACAAAAGAAGAUGCUGUUAUUUCAUGACGUGUUGUCGGUACAAAAUGUUUUGGUCUCACCUCUGUUAAACCUUUUAAAUAAGUGCCAAGUUAUUAAUUGAAGACACUUUGCGAUCAAUUGAAUGAAAAUAGUAUUGUUUCAUUUGAUGGGGUUCGCGUCAUCUUUACUCCUGUUGCUAUUAAACUAUCCAGGAUAGUCUUUC